UCAUGGAGCCCACAGGGGCACGACUAAGUUUGGAGGCGCGGGGACCAGCCCCCUCUGGAGAGCCCCCGCCGGCCGAGGAGCUGCCAGUCCCGGGGGUCCUAUAUGUGGAGGGUAGCGGCGACCGAGAGGGCACUUCGGAGACCCAGAGUCCCAACGCUCAGCUAGGCGAUAGGCCCCUAUCCCCGAAGGAAGAGGCCGCCCUCCAGGAGCAGGAGGAGUUGCUGGAAUGUCGCCGCCGCUGCCGCGCGCGCUCCUUUUCCUUGCCCGCGGACCCCAUCCUGCAGGCGGCCAAGUUCCUGCAACAGCAGCAGCAGCAGCAGCAGCAGCAGCAGCAACAGGCUGUGGCGCUGGGCGGCGAGGGGGCGGAAGACGCGCAGCUCGGCCGGGGCGGCUGCUGCGCCAAGUGCAAGAAGCGGGUGCAGUUCGCGGACACGCUGGGGCUGAGCCUGGCCAGCGUGAAGCACUUCAGCGAGGCGGACGAGCCGCAGGUGCCGUCUGCUGUGCUCUCGCGCCUCCGAAGCUUCCCCAUGCGCGCGGAGGAUCUGGAGCAGCUCGGGGGCCUGCUGGCCGCGGCGGCGGUGGCCGCGCCCCUCUCAGCGCAGCCUUCCCGGCUCCGACCGCUAUUCCAGCUCCCUGGGCCGAGCGCCGCGGCCGAGCGCCUGCAGCGGCAGCGCGUGUGCCUGGAGAGCGUGCAGUGCUCGGCGGCCCCGGGCGCGGAGGUGAAGGGCUCCGGCCGGGUGCUCAGCUGCCCUGGGCCCAGGGCCGUGACCGUGCGCUACACCUUUACGGAGUGGCGCUCCUUCCUGGACGUGCCGGCUGAGCUGCAGCCCGAGCCGCAGGAGCCACAGCCACCAGAGGCGCCGUCGGAGGCUUCCGAGCCCCGGUCCGGGGAUGCUGAGAAACAGCCAGGCGCCGAGUGCUUCCACUUCUCACUGUGCCUGCCUCCCGGCCUGCAGCCUAAGGACGGAGAGGAAGCCGACGCGCGGGGCGUCGAGGUCCACUUCGCGGUCUGCUACCGCUGCGCGCAGGGAGAGUACUGGGACAACAAUGCAGGUGCCAACUACACGCUGCGCUACGCGCGCCGUGAGGACGCGCUCUGAGCCUGGAGUGCUUCGAAGAGCCGUGGGGCAGGGCUAAUCAGCACGUGGAGCUCUGGCCGCUGUCCCAAGGGACUUGCUGGGAUGCUUUGCUGAGCAUGUUGGAUCUGAAGGGUGGGGCUUGUGGAGGGAAAAUGGGGAGACGUCGAACUGUCGACUCGCAUCCCGGCAGACACGUGAGCGAGCUUAGAGAGCAAAGCGCCGAGAGCCUCCGGCCUCAGUCUUCUUGUCCUUUGGACCUUCCUACAUGGCCUCUAGAAUUCCCAGCCUGCGCAGAAUAGAAAGAGACUCCCAAGGCCCGGAGCGGCUGCCUCCAAAGAAAAAGGCUCCCGACUCCCGGGCGUGGUUCUAAGACCUUGGGAUUGGUUUUUAACUUUAAAUACCAUAUUUCAGCCCUUGCAGCUUGCUGGAAACCCCUACAGAAAGGACAAAGCGUCCUGCCACUGUGCACCAAAGGAAGAUGCCAUGGACUGUGGGUGCAUGGUGCGUGGGACCUUUACACCCCAGCCUGUUUCUUAGAGAAAACCCGGGCUGGGCCGGGCCAAGCCACCUUUUUCUUUUGACUGGGAUGCGGGAAAUGUUUGCCCAGACUUGGCGUUGUUUACUUGUGCGACUGUAUACAAAUGUCCUUUAAAAAAGUAAAGGCCACUCGCCCCCCUUUUACGUUGUACUCUGUAUUUUAGCUCCCGUGCGUUUGGGGAGGCAUUGGCAGUCGGCCAAUCUUUGUCAGCUGAUGAUGCACGCACUUUUAACAAUCGUUAAACAGCAGUCUACAAAUUCCUCUCCUUCCAGUCCUUCCGCUCUGAUGCAAAAGGGCCCCAAUUUCCCACGUGCUUUAAAAUGUUCUGUAGAAAGUGUUCUGUCCUCUGCCGUAAGGAUGUUUGGUGAAUUGAAAUGCCAGAGUCCUCGGGCAGGCCUUGGCUGUGAUCUGCGAGAGCCGGCCACACAGGCUCCAGCGCCCUUUGUGUAGACAAAGCAUGCUGUUGUGAGACUUGUCCGGCCAUUAGUAGUCAGAGAAGCUGGGCCCUUUUAGUCGGGGACUUCGAGCACAGGGGAUGGGGGAUGGAAAGCUGGCUUUCUAUUCCUCUCAGAGCCCCAGUGCAGAGUGGUGACUUGAUGGACGAGGAAGCAGGCCCAGCGAGUCACUGCUACUCAGACGCAGAUGGGCACCUUGGCAGGCCUGUGGGGUGUGGGGUGGGGUAUGGAUGGCCUUGGCUGCUGUGCUGGCUGUGGAUGCCAAGAUGAUGUAGCCCUCUGUGCAUGAGCGGGCAGUGGGGCAUCCUGAGUGAGGUCAUGAGUCUGUCACCCCUUGACUCUGCCUCAGUAAUUUCCUUUUUUUUUUUUUUUUUUUUUUUAAGUCUUCACAUUUUACAGCACAUGGCGAGUAUAAUCAGUGGUUUGGGGGAUGGUAGUCUCUAAGGAGGGACAGUUUCACUGUUGCUUGAUAGAACAGGACUGGGCAUACAUACUAUAGCCCAUGGGCCAAAUUUGGCACACAGCCUGCUCUUGUAGGGCCUGUGACCUAAGAAUGGUUUUUACAUUUUUAUUUUUUAUUUUAUUAAUAUUUUUUUUAGAUGGAGUUUCAUUCUUGUUGUCCAAGCUGGAGUACAAUGGUGCGAUCUUGGCUCACUGCAACCUCUGCCUCCCAUUCAGUCAAUUCUCCUGCCUCAGCCUCCAGAGUAGCUGGGAUUUUAGGCGUUGGCCACCACACUUGGCUAAUUUUUGUAUUUUUAGUAGAGAUGGCGUCUCACCAUGUUGGCUAGGCUGGUCUCAAACUCCUGACCUCAGGUGAUCCACCCACCUUGGCCUCCCAAAGUGCUAGGAUUACAGGUGUGAGCCACCGCACCGACCUUACAUUUUUUAAUUUUUAAAAAAAUUCAAAAGAAUACUAUUUGGUGGUACAUGAGAAUUAUAUAAAAUUAUUUCAGUGUUCAUAAAUCAGGUUCCACUGGAACACAGCUGUGCACACUCGUUUCUGUCUUCUCUAUGCUGCUUCCAUGCUAUGCAGCAGAGUGGAAUAGACACAGCAGAGACCAGCUGGCAAAGUGUGAAAUAUUUCGUGUCUAGCCCUCUUUCAGAAGGCUACCAACCCCUGCUCUAGAGAAGUAGUAGAUUUUAAACACUAUAUGCUGAAAAUUAUAGUUAAUAAAGCAUUUAAACUUUUAGGGAGUUUUGGACACUUGAAAUAAACCUCCUUUGGGUAAAGGUAACUUUCUAUUACUGUCAAUAAUCUUGUUUAGAAUAAACACGAAAAUGUCAAAAGUGCAGUUAUUAUUGUAUUGGGGAGCGGAAUCUACCCAUUGCCUUCUUUCACCUAAAAAAUAAUAACACAUAAGUGCAACUGAAAUAUAGCCCCUGUCUGAAAACUACAAAACUGCCAGAUAUUUCUGUGCUUCAGAACAUGGUGUCUUACACAACAGAAGUAUUUAGUUUGAACUUUGGGUUGGAGAUAUUCCUUUGACUAUGGCAGUGUCUCCCAGAGUAAACUGAUCAUAGGAAAUUUUAAAAAUAAUUUAUUGGCAGAAAGCCAUGAGGAGUUAACAAAUUAUAAUUUAGACUUUUAUAAAUGGUCACAUAGAUGAAAUAAUGAAUACUCAAUCAUAUAUGCUUAUAACAACUUUAUGACUAAAAAUGACAAAUGAUAAAUAACACAAAUUUUCUGUUACUAAAUAUAAAAGCAAUCAAGCCUUCUCACAUAUCAUUAGGUAAUCUUGAUCUGGUAAACCAUUUCUUAAAGGUGCAUUAUUGCAUAGCCGUAUUUUUCCUAUGUAUUUAAAUAUAAAUACACUGAUUUUUGAGAUAUUGACAGUAUACAUAUGCUAUAACAUUGUUUGAAGAUGGUGGUUUAUGUGGCAAUAAUGCAACAUUUUAGAUUGUUUUGUAUUACUUAAAAUUAAAUGAGGAGCCCAAUAUAAUGAUCCAAACAGA